GGUGCAAUUCGCCGUUUUUGGUGACCGUCGCAGACUUUCGCGGUGUCAUCUUUCCGCAGUUGAUGAACCCGGAAGACCGCACUUGGCCGAUGGCUUGACCUGGAGUGGGGAAAGUCUCCACGACAUGAUGUCUUUGGUCAGCGUUAUGGAGUUGGCGCGUGUUGUUCGGUGGCUGCGUGCGGAGAGGGGGCGUUGGUUGCGGGGUGUGGUGCGAUACGCUUAUUAUGAGUCGGGGGACGGAUUGUAUCGAACCCUUUUAGGUUCGUUACAUUUGAGAAGUCGAAAGGUUUACCCAGGAGACGGUAAAGCCGGAAAAAGAGACGAGAGAUGCCUGCAAAGAAAAAAGUUGAAGGCAAAGCUAAAGCCGGGAGUGGGGAGUCGCUGCGUGGGCAUACAGGACCUGCGGCAACCGCCAAGAAGCCCAGCCAGACGCCGACCACCGGUUCCCAGGCGCCAUCGCAGACCACCGCAAAGUCGAGGCCCACCGGUCUCGAGACGAUUUUUGAGCGGCCCGGCGAUGAGGACGCUGCCCAGGUGAAGGACGACGGCCCGACCAGCAGCCAUGCCGUGGCAUUCGGCGAGUGCCAACGGCGCGGCCUCGCCCUGGGUACGGGCGAAAAAAAAGAACCCUGUCGCAGAAGCGAUGCCUGA